CAAGAGGGAACCUUGUGUCUUUGACCACACAACAACUUAGCGCAACAACUUACAUUAUGAUCAUUUUGGCGGUAUUAAUCUUCACUGCUGUGCCAAAAGGGCCCGUUUGGGCAAAAGUUGUGGAUCAUUUUGAUGAGUGCCCUCAGUUCUUUUAUGAGAAAACUGAACCACAGGGCAUGGAUCAAAACGCCAGGAAGAUUUGCCAGCAAUAUGAACAUGAAUAUUUCUAUGCCUCACUUUAUUCAACAUCCCACAGGAUUCCUGUGUACAGUGCCUACAUCUUUGAUCCUGGCGGUAACAACAAAGGAGGACGAAAAAGUGGUGACUGGUUCAUUGAGCCUAUGAUUUCUGGCAUUUCUGAGGACUCAAUGCAACCAGAGACCAGUAACCGCAGAGACAUAAUAAAAAGAAACCAAGCUGUUAAUGAUAAUGUAAUUACAGAUUCUCUUAUGACCCAGAUAGCAAGAGCUGGCGGACCACUGUCGGCCCAUUGGGGGCAAUGCUGGCGGUCUGCUGGCAUUUUGCUCAUCGGUUCUCUGGCGGUCCGCUGGCGGGUUGCAGACAAGUUCAAUUUAAAGAGAUGGUGGUCCAAUGGCGGACCACAAGUGGCACGCCACCGGCGGCAUACCAGCAGUGGUCCGCUAUCUGCCAAUCUGAUUUUGCUAUCUGGGGACCAAGGGCACCUCAACCCCAACAGUUUCCAUUGUGAGAAAGAUGGUCGUAUAGCCUUCACCCUGACCAAUGCUGCACCUACGGAUGCCUGCUUCAACUGUGUCCAUGGGAAAGACUGGGAGAAGGGCGUCAAAGACAUUUUGAAUGCUGAACAACCAGGUGCAGGAACUGCCUACCUGGUAACAGGAACAGUUGUUGAUGUAUCACAAGAUUAUAGAAUACCAAGACGAGGGGAAUUUGGUGAUGAUAGCACAAGAGAAUACCACAGUGUUACUGUUCCUACUCAUAUCUGGACAGCUGUCUGUUAUAAGCAUAAUGUUGAUGAUGAGAAGUCCUUUUCAUUUGGCUACAUAGGAAAAAAUCAGCCAGACAGCAACAUAAUACUGCUCAUGUCUGAUGAUGCUCUGAAUACAUUUCAUACCGCUACGAGCCGGUUUAAUGAUAAAGUUCUACAUCCUUUAAAGAGGCCAAAAGUAACAGAAAUGACAAUACUUGAGUCUUUUGACAGCCUGGAGACAUGGUUUAAAACGACAGAGAUCAUGAAAUAUAUCUGUCUGGGUCGGCUUGUGUACUGUCACAGCCAAUCUGUACCUUCAUAAAGACUGUUGGUAGAAGAGAGUUGAAAAAAAGAGACACUGGUGAUGAUUCUCAAGAGGUCGUUUGUAGGCUUGUUCCAGAGGACGCAUCAGCAAUGAUGACAACUGGGACUUUUGUUGCUGAUAGUUGUUACAGUGCUGAAAGUGGCAAGACCUGUAAUCCAGAUAGUCCAUGCAGUUAUAUCAUUACUCGAUGGCUUACUUUUCUUAUAUCCCUUUUUGCGUCACAACAGAAGGGUUUUGGGAACGCUGCUGUACCCUAUCGUGACCCAUCUCUUCAGGUUCAGAAAACUUAUCUGGUUUUAGAAAAUAAUUAAUAAAGGGACUCUUUCUUCCACCAGGCAAUCAGGAUCUUAAACACUGCCUAAAUUAUUUCAGUGUUUCUAGUUUCUAUUUUUUUUUUUUUAUUAUGUGUGUGUUUUAUUGUCCUUAUGUGUUAUCAAGCUGCUGCAAGUAAAGAGCAGAGCAAGAAUUAAGAUUUUUGCGCCUUUUAAUAUGCGAGUAUGAAUUAAGAUGCAACAAUAAAACUGAAUCUGAAUCUGGUGUCUAUACUGUGACAUUCUCGUUGAGUUAUGGCAGACUUGUAGUGUGUCAACCUCAUGUUUUCAAUAUUGCCACUUAGGGGCGUGAGUGUAAAAAAGAUCUUUAUCCAUCCUCCAUGAAGCAGAGGGGAA